UACUGUGGCAUAUUUCUGUUUCGGAGACGACCAAUUUAUCGACAGGAUGGGACUUUUCCUCCGUGCUCUCAUCAUCGCAUCACUGGUGUCCUUGUCCGUCCAGUCGGACGUAAAAUUUCGCACGAAGAGUUUGCCGAAAGGAUACAUUUCUCUGGAGAGCACCACGGAUACCUGUUACGUAAUGUUUAACAAUGAGACAUUAGAACGGGUACGACGACUAAAACAAGAGCUUGAGCAGGGGAAAUUCGACGUCCUUGUGGUGCAAAUCCAUCUUAAUGAAACGAAGAAUGUUUCUGAUAUAGUUUUGACAAUGUCAAAUUCCGAUGGAUUGUCUCUGUCUAAGGACAGGAAUCUCGUGAUGACAUCCUAUCUACAGAAAUCAACAAAGAUCGAACACAUCCAGACCAACAUGACAUGUAUUCCUCGUAUUGAUCAGGCCAUCAAUGGUGUCGCAAAGGGUGUCGCCUUUGAUUUCGCUGGAAAUUUAUUCGACGUUCUUGGUGGUAUAAGUGAAAAUAGUGAGCAGGCAUGCAACGGAACAGGUAACUGUACUAAAACCUGUGGUAAGGCGGUAGAUGAACCGUUUCUGGUCAACCUGACCUAUAUCUGGGUAGUCAUCAUUUUGCUCUAUAGUCCAAAUCUCGUGUACGUGUUUUAUGACGCGCUACACAUCAAAGAUGAUAAUCUCACGCGCUAUCACAAAAAGGACUGGCCAUACAGCGUGAAAAGGUUUGUCCUGAAAGUGUCGUACUACAUGGUGACCUUCUGUCCACUCUUCACAAAGUAUCUGAACAGACGUCCAGUCACCAGGUCUUUGUUACUUAUGUGGAUGGUCGGUAUCCUUGUCCAGAUACUGAAUGUGCGGCUUCAGAUGUCCGAGUUAUCGUCUAAGUUAGCCUACAAGGAGCUCGAUGUUUGGAUGUACGACUCCCUUUCACGAGAGAUGCGCUAUCAGAUAUAUGGCGCUAUUGUUGUCGUCGGGAUGAUCAUCACACUAAUACUUCUCCAUGUCAUUCCAACAGCGACAUUUAAACAUCUUUUAGACGAUCCCCAUAUAUUCAUGCUUUCAUCCAUCGGCACUUCCAAAACCUUAUUCGUGAAGAAAUCAAAAUUAAAAGAUUUCCUGAAACACGAGGAGAAAAGAAAACUAACAGAUGGCCACACUAUGAUAGCCAUGCACGCCGAGCGGUUUAUGAUUAUUUUCAAUACUCGAUUCUGGUUUCUGCUUAUAAAGGAAUCGUUUUCAGGUUUAAUAUACAGAAACAGACGUAUAUCUUGGAAUUGUAUAACAUUCGUACCUGUAUUUGUAUUAUGUUUGUUAUUCUUCACACUCAAUAUAGCGGUCAAUAUCCUGUGGGGAUUUCUCCCACUUUUAGGCCUCUUUUUCUCAUGUUUAACUUUAGUUAACUCUUGGUUAGAACUAUUUCGCGUUUGUUUCCUUGCGGUAUAUUUCACUUUUUUCGUGAUUAUAAUAUUUGGCAAUAACCUGGUGUUUGUAUUUAACAUUAUAAUAUACACGACACUCUACACUAUCCCAUGCUCCUCGUUCGAUGAUUUAUCUCAAUAUUUUAUGGUAUUUCCAGUUCUAUUGUACUUGUGUUUUUACUGGCGGAGUUUCACUGGAUUAUAUAGGACGAUGUUAGAAUAUAUGUUUAAGUUAAAAUUGGAUGCCGAUUCUGACAAGGACAUUGAUCACAAACGUAUUCAUAAAAUCCAUCAAGGUCGUAGUGCCAGCAACGAGAAACUGACUAAAUCGGAAGUGGCCCAAACUAUCUCGAUCAAGGAAUUCGAUUUUGUUUGUAAUGAGUGUUCACCUGUCAGAAAGAAAGUUUUGAAACUGUUGAUAAAGAUAAUGAUGACCGGGAUAUUCAUGCUCCUAACGUUAACAGUUCUGUUUCUAAGGAGUGAGAUUGACACUUUUUCUAAAGCGGCAAAGACAGUGGCUUUUAUAGUAAUCGUGUUAUUGCCCCGAGUUAUAGAGAAGUUAUGGUCGGAUGACGAGGCAACAAAACAGGAGGAACUAGAGGAAAAGAUAUCUGAAGCUGUUUGUCGAUGGAGAUUUGAAACAUGUGUUGAUGAGGAGGAUAGGUGCGCCAUAGAGGUGGAAAAUGUGAACUGUACCUGGUGGAAUGUUUGUAAGGAGGAUAGGGAGAUCUCGGAUAGAAUACACAACAGAGAACAGAUGUAUGGUCUAAACGAAGGAUCUGUUACCAUGCUCAACACGAAAACAGAAAGUCAAAACAUUUGAUAUACUAACAGUGGAAACUUACUGUAAAUAUUGAAAAAACUGAAGUCGUUGUUUUUCGAAUAGGUGGUAUAGUUCAUUGCAAUGAGAAAUGAACAUAUCAGGGUAGUGACCUUGCUUGUGUAAAUGAAUUCACAUAUUUAGGAGUAAAUCUGAAAUUUAAUAAUAAAUUCAACAGUAUUCAAAUACAGCUAUCAAAUCAGGGUCGGAAAGCAAUGUUUGCACUUUUUACAAAAUGUAAUCACAUGAAAUCAAAUAUUGAAACUAUGCUUCAUGUUUUCGAUACAUAUGUGGAAGUAUCUUAAGCUAUAGUUGCGAGAUAUCGGGAUCGUCAAAGGCAAUUGACAUUGAAAAGGUCCACACACACUUUUGCAAAAGAAUACUUAAUGUAAAAAAAAUCAACCUCAAAUGCGAUGGUAUAUUGUGAACUAGGUCGUUUUCCACUACAAUAUUACAGGAAACUAAGGAUAAUUAAGUACUGGUUUAAGUUAAUUACUACACGAAAUUGUAUUUUGAAUCGUGCAUAUGGAUUUUUAAGAAAUUGUAAUACAAGAAUUUGUUUCAAUUGGGUAACUUUUAUUAAAAAUGAACUUUUUUCGCGUGGCUUUGGAUAUGUGUGGGAAAACCAGCAAAUGUAUGCAAGCUAUAUCGACAUUAUUUUGCCAGUUAUUAAGCAGAGAAUUUUUGACCAAGCUCGGCAACACCUACACCAUUUAUUAGAGUCAUCCUCAAAAUGUCACAUAUAUAUACAUCUUGUGGACAUUGUAAUAUUACCUUUUUAUCUUACCAAAUAUAUUCCUAAAAGAUUUAGAAUUGGUCUUUUAUUAGCAUUUAUUAGCAUAAAUAAUGGACGCAGGCUUGUAGCCUCUAUAUCCAUAUCAAUAUCAAUACAUAGUAUAAUAUAAAUAUUUCCUGUGUAAUUAAUGGCUUUAUAUUAGUUCCUGUACAUUCAUGAACAAAAACGGUUAUUUUUCCAAUGAUCAUCUAACAUUAUUUCAAAUUUAAUGACAGAAUCAGCAUUGACAACAAUUUGUGGCAAGCUAUUCCAUAAAUCAAUAACUCGGUAUGUUAAAAAUGUUUCCUUCCAUCAAGACGACAUCGCUUUUUGAAUAUUUUCUUAUCGUGACCUCUGGUUCUACUCAUCUUGUCCAUUUGGAAAAAAGUUUUUUGUUAUUCUACUAUCGUAUAUGUUAUUUACUAUCUUAAAAACGUUAAUCAUAUCUCCUCUGGUCCUACGGUGCUGUAGCGUUGGGAGAUUUAACCGUUGUAGCCGUUCCGGGUACGAGAUAUUUUUAAAUCCAGGGAUCAGUUUUGUUGCCCUUCUCUGCACAUUUUCAAUGAGUUCUAUAUCUUUUACUUUUGAUGGGUUCCAAACACUUGCAGCAUACUCAAGGUGGGGUCUAUCUAGAGCUUUAAAUAGCAUUUUGAACAUGAGUUCGUCCAGAUACACGAAAGAUCUUCUUAUCAGUCCAACUAUACUGUUAGCUUUAUUGACAAUUAACUGUAUGUGCGUUUUGAAGUUUAAAUCCUCAUCUAUGGUGACACCAAUGUCCUUUUCGUUCUUGACAUGUUCCAGUUGGAUUCUUUCUCCUCCCGAUCCUUCCAUAUAGUAUUUUCGUUUUUGAGUUGCUUUAAGCGAAAGAACUUUACAUUUAUUAGGGUGGAAUUUCAGUAGGCAUUCGUCGGACCAAUUUUGAAGAUUAUCCAAAUCGUUCUGGAGUAUUUUAACAUCCUCGCUAUUGCUUAUUUGUCUGUAUAAUUUGGUAUCAUCAGCAAAGAGUGGCGAUUGGGACACUGGUAUUUCUGGUAGAUCGUUGAUAUAUACAACAAAUAAUAUUGGGCCCAAUACACUUCCCUGGGGGAUACCACUCAUUACCGGGUACGAUUUAGAGGAUUCUCCGUUGACUAUUACUCGCUGGCAUCUAUUUCUUAAGAAGUCUUUUAUCCAAUUAACAACCUGAAGGCUAACACCAUAUCCUGACAAUUUCCUCAAUAAACGUUGGUGUGGCACUUUAUCAAAUGCCUUCAUGAAAUCCAUGUAUAUAACAUCUAGCUCCCCGCCCUUGUCUAUUAUCUCUGUCCAAUUUUCCAGUACUGUUAGCAAUUGUAGUUGAGUUGACCUUCCAGAUAUAAAACCAAAUUGUUUGGGGCUUAGAAAGUUAUUUUUAUCCAUAUGUUCAACAAUGCUAUCUCUCACUAAUUUUUCGAGUGUCUUAACUAUUACGCUUGUCAGGCUUACAGGUCUGUAGUUACCCGGGUCAGAUUUGGAUUCUUUUUUGUAGAUGGCGGUUAUGUUUGCCUCUUUCCAAGCUUGGGGUAGUUUUCCUUCUGAUAAUGAUUUGUUAAGAAUAUCUGCCAAAGGUGAACUUAUAUUGUUUCUGAUCUCUUUUAGAAUUUUUGGGUGCAUUCUAUCUGGUCCCUGUGAUUUGUUUUCAUUUAGGUUCUCGAGUAAUUUUUCCACGACAUUCUGAUUACAAACAAUUUCUUUAAAAGGGUAGCUUGGAUUCCUGUUUUCAAACUCUGGUAGGGCCCCGGGGGGUUCCUUUGUAAAAACACUACUGAAAAAAAUGGCUAGAACUUCGGCCUUUUCCCUGUCUGUUACUAAGAUACGUCUAUCUGCGCAUUGUUUAGCCAUUGAAGCUGGUAGAUAUAAUAAUACUCCAAGAUUAAGACGAUUUUGUAAUAUGUAUAAUACUAGACAACAAAUUGAAGAUGAAUAUCAUUUUAUUCUUGAAUGUAAUAGUUAUAGAAAUUUAAGGAAAAAGUACAUCAAACGUUAUUACUGGAAUAACCCACCUGUUUUUAAAUUAAUUCAGCUAUCCAGAGUACAAAAUGUAAAGGAACUGUGUUCUCUAGGAAAAUAUAAACAUGAAGCUACUAAAUUAAGAAAUAAUUACUAAACCAAUCAUUGAUGUUAUGAUGUCUCAUUCUCUAUAUGUUAUGUCCUGUUGUAUACGCCAUGCUGUAAUUUAUGUAUUUCAUGUACAAUGUUUUUGUGACUGCCGAUGAUAGGCCGUACGGCCGAACGUAAUAAAAGAAUUGAAUUGAA